AGCUUUCCCUUGCUCGAGCCGCCAAUGGCGGCUACGAAUGCAAUGCCCGCAGCUUGCAACUCGGGCGUUUGGCCAGCGGGUGGCUCCAUGCAGAUGCCCCAGAUGCCCCAGAUGCCCAUGCGCGUGAAUGGGUACGUGAACAGCCACAACAUGCCGGGGCCAGGUUCAGUUCAAAUAGCACCGGCACGGACAGCACGGGUGUCGCAACCCCCGCCUGUGGGACGAGUUGUCGCCCACGCCGGCCCUGUUGCUGCGCCCAGUGCGUCCUUUGCUGCACCCAGCAGCGCAGCCCCCCGCCCCGGUACUUACAUAGUACGCCAUGUGACUGGCCCCUCGCCUGUGCCAAAGUCUAUGUGGCUGCCGCCGCAAGCCUGCGUAAAGCGCGAUGGCCCGAUUCAGGUGAGACCUGCCAUGACAUCCCCCACGGCGAUGCCUCAAAGCUCGCCAACCUCAUCCCUCCCCAGCGCCAGCCCCGUGUUGCCCACGCCCACCAGCAUUCCCACACCCACAGCCUUCACCAUGCCCAGUGCCACCAGCAUUACCACACCCACAGCCUUCACCAUGCCCGGCACCUCAGUGCCCAGCAUCCCGGUGCCCAAGUCCACCGCCCCCAGCCUGGGCAUGGGGCACGGCCUGUCCAUCGCCAGCGUGACGGGCUCCCUGGAGGAGAAGGAGAAGGGCGAUUCACCCAAGGAGCAGGUGCAGGUGUCCUCCAGCCCUCUGAGCCACAAGCCCAAGGUCAACUCCACCGGAACGCCACAGAAAGCCAAGACUCCCAGCAAGAGGUACCACAUUCGCCAGGAUUCCGUUCAGUGGACCCAGUUGGAGAGAGAUCUCUAUGAGAUGAGCAGCGGGGCUUACCACCCCACGGAGAUGGCCCAGAUGCGGCGCUUGCCUGGUGGAGUUCUGGUGGGCGGCACUGGCGUGAACUUCGAGGUCCCAGGCGUGCCGGUUGGGAAGAAGACGCCGAAGAGGGCGGCAAAUUCAGGCCGCGUCUCCAUCGUGGCACCCUCGAUGUCCAACCGCCGGCACUACCACGAAAACCUCUACCGCUGCUUCGACGCCCAGAAGUACCCCGACAAGGAACUGAUCGUCAUUGAGACCUAUGAGGACGCUCCGUCGGAGUACUUGCAGAAGAAAAUGAGGGUUGAUGAGCGCGUGGUGCACAUCACCAUAAAGGUACAACCUGGAAAGGACUUCACAGUGGGGCUGAAGCGGAACAUGACUUUGCACAUGGCCACUGGGGAGUUCAUUGUGAACUUUGACGACGACGAUUUGUACGCCCCCGGCUACGUGGAGAAGAUGGUGGGGCUGAUGCAAAGGGAGCGCCUGGUGGGAGUGACCCUCUCGGCGUGGUACAACUACUACACUGGAAAGGGGGUGUGCACCUUCUCGGACCCUGAGAGCUGGGACGAGUGGGCGGACGACCAAGCGGAGUUGGACGAGAUUCUGUACGGCUACGGGUUUAGCUACUCUCAUCGCCGGCAGCCGUCGUUGAUGUUCAGUUAUCCCAACGUGGGCUUCGCGGAGGACGCGCCCUUCUUCUUGAAGCUCAGGGACAUUUAUGGCACGGACAAAGUGCUCCUCUACAAGGACAACGAGGGCCUGUGCGUGCACAUCAUGCACCGCGCCAACACAGCACAGGUCUUGGGCAGCAGGACAGUGUCUGCACAGGACAUUGCGGCGCUCUCGGUUUGUGACCUCAAGCCUUUCCAGAGGAUGAUCGACAACGAUUUCUUUCGAUUCUCGCCCUGGCGACCCCCAGUGCGGCUGCCAGCGCUCUCCGUAGAGAUCAACCCGGAUCACUUGGAAGUGGAGAGCGAGGACGUUAUCCCUCGGCUGAGGGCCUCCACUCUCGAAGGUCCAGGAGGGUUCGACAUCUUCGACCCUCCAACGCGGCCCAGGGCGAACACAUUUCGAAAUGACAUUUCCUGCAUCGAGCUGUGAGAGAGCCCAUUUUCCUGGUCGAAUCGAAAACUCCGUUUGUUGCA